CAAAAUUUUAAAUAAAUACAAUAUUUUGGAAAAUGAAUGUACAGAUAAUUAACUCCUAUAUAAGGAAAAAUAUGAGUUAAACAUCAGAAAUAAAACAUUUAAAAUAGACGGUCUGUUUACCCUGACAGUUACUCGCUCUUCCCGACAGGAGGCGCUCUGGUUACAGCAUCAAGUCUCCAUCAGAUAUGUCCAGCGCGCGCGUCUCUGUGCGUAACCGCGGGCUUGUGGAAAAGCGGUGACGCGCUCAGCUGUUCCUCCCCCCUUCUCUUUCUCCCACCGUAAAAACGCGCACGCGGGCGCACAGUGAGCGCGCGCGCUCCGUGUUUGCCCACAUGAGUCCAAACUGUUUUCGUCGCUGUGAAAACAAAGUCUGAUCUCACCGCCCGCCGGAGCGCAGCUCAGAUAAACGCACCGAGGCGCGCUUUUACGCACGGCCUGAAAUCUGGAUUUUACGCACCCGGAGCGCGGAGCGUCUACACCUGUGCGUAAAUACUAAGAGGUGUGUGGGGGGGCAGAUCAACGGACGCAGGUUCAUGAUCAAAGCUCGGAGCCGCGGCAGGAGACGGAGAAGGUCUGCGGUGUGAGCGGGGAGCAGGAAGGAGCAGAAAGAGGAGUUUUGGAGAAGCCCCUCCUCUCCGUGAUGUCGGAACCUCCUUAAUUACUAAUUUCUCCACAUUGAAGCCACGCUCUUUCCCUCCCCCUCUUUCUCUUUUCUCUCUCUCCACUCCUCCAUCCAUGCAGCUCUCAUCCUGACCCUCCUUUCUCUCUCCACUGUCUCUCUGUGGUUUCCAGGAUUUCGGAGGUGGACGAGCCCGGAGGAGCGCUUCUUUUUUUAUUAUUGUUUAUUCCUGGUCGUUAUUUUUUUUAAUUUUUUCUUCUUUUUUACUUUUGUUUCCUUUGGGGCCAGCGGGCAUGGAGGAUGUAAAAACCCCGCCGACCGUCCACCGGUCCUCCUCCUUCAGCAUCAAGAGCCUCCUGCUGCCCUCUAAGUGUGAGCGCCCGGACCCGGUGCUCUCUGCCCCCGCCGCGGUGCGCAGCAUCCCCGGGACUCUUUCUCCAUCACCGGACUCUGAUUCGGACAAGUCUCCAGGUCCAACGGAGGUGGACUCCUCCGGGCUGAUCGAGGAGAAGGCUGGUAGGGAGGAGCAGGGGGAGCAUGAGGAGGAGGAGGACGGAGGAGGAGGCGGAGGAGGGGAGGACUCCAAGCCGGUUUCGGAGCAGAACUCCACCGGGAACAACAACAGCGCGAAGAACGGGAAGUACGACAAGCCUCCGUUCAGCUACAACGCGCUGAUCAUGAUGGCCAUCCGGCAGAGCCCCGAGAAGCGGCUGACGCUGAACGGCAUCUACGAGUUCAUCAUGAAGAACUUCCCCUACUACCGGGAGCACAAGCAGGGCUGGCAGAACUCCAUCCGGCACAACCUCAGCCUCAAUAAGUGCUUCGUUAAGGUGCCUCGGCACUACGACGACCCGGGGAAGGGCAACUACUGGAUGCUGGACCCCAGCAGCGACGACGUGUUCAUCGGGGGGACCACCGGGAAGCUCCGCCGGCGCUCCGCCACCUCCCGGGGGAAGCUGGCCAUGAAGCGCGGGCUGCGCUUCGCUCCGCUCGGCUUAGAGCGGCCGAACAACCCGCUGUACUGGCAGAUCUCCCCCUUCCUCUCCCUGCACCACCACCACCACCACCACCCGCACUACAACGGAUCCUCGCCCGGCUUCCUGAACCAGGCGGCGGGUUACGGGUCGCUGCUGCCCGCCGUGGAGCAGCUGAGUAACGGGGAGCUGGGGCGCUCCAUGGCGCUGGGCCUGACGAACACUUACGGGAUGAGCACGUCUCCGGUGGGGCUGCUGUCCGGACAGACCGCCGGGUAUUUUGUCUCAGGGAGCCAACACGCUGCGGCACCGGGGCCACCGGGAGGAGGGACCCCGCCGCAGCCUCCGCCUCCCCCGCAGCAUCUCCCGCAUGGCGCGGCGGGGUUCGGCGGCUCCCCGCAGUCCCUGCUGUCGGACUCCCUCAGAAACGGCUCCUUACCGGCGUUCAGCCCGGGGGUGUCGGCGGGUUUCCCCGGGGUGCUGUCCCAUCAGAAGAGGGUGACCCCCAACGCCUUCCUGAACUGACCCCCCCCUCCAGCCACCCUUUGGACUCUCAGUGGAAACAAAAGACGUCAGUAAAGGGCAGAAAAUACGCGGUAAAUAUCAAACAAUGAGCUGAUUUAUCGAAAAUAUAUGAAGUGAAAAUUUUUGGCCAUAUUCUGGUUCAUUUGGUUUAUUUUCUAG